AAAUUUUCUUCAAUUUCAACGACGUAAUAAAGACGUAACGAACGAACCGUGAAAUGUAAGCGUGAUGUUUUGACAUAUUACAUAGUAAUACAAUAGAGAUUUUCUUGUAAAACAAUAUUGUUUAUUGCCAAAUUUGAUUUGCAAAGUGAAUCUGUAUUCUGGUGGAUUAGCCCGUUGGGCUCUUUCAGCCCAAGAGACCGGAGAAAUGUCGAUUCGGGCGGCAACUCACCGUCUUAUACAAAAUGGUCGGGUAUUACUACGUGCCCUUAAAAACAAAGAAAAUUUCUAUUCUAACGAAUGUUCAAAGAAUUAUCUCAACAAGAUACACGUUGUGCAAGUAGGCAAAUCCCUGGGUCCUCAGUCCCAAGGGAACAUCAAUAAUGUCUCCGUAACAAAUCAUCAUUUUGGAUUUUUGGGAUCUCAUGCAAGACGUUUAUUUGUUGAUAAUAUUUUAAAAAGAGUCACAAGCAGGCUUGCUGCUGAUUUACGUAAACGUGCAGCUAGACGUCUUGUGUUUGGUGAUUCUGCUCCAUUUUUUGCGCUCGUUGGUACAUCUUUAGCAUCAGGAAGCGGAAUAUUGACUAAAGAUGAUGAAUUGGAAGGAGUUUGCUGGGAAAUUCGUGAAGCAAUAUCAAAAUUGCAAUGGAACAUGCCACAAAAUGAUAAAAAUUAUGAUGCUGUGAGAAUCAAUGAAAAUGGUAUCAGCUUAAAAGAUUUGAAAAUCGGUCCUAUUAUUGAUAAAGGUUGUUCUGCAGUCGUCUAUUCGGCAAGAUUUCAAGAAACUACACAUGUUGUACCUACAAUAUCAAAACUAGAAAAUAGUCAUGACAAAAAUGAAGAAGAAUAUUCAUUUCCUUUGGCAUUAAAAAUGAUGUUCAACUAUGAUGCAGAAUCCAAUGCGACAACAAUACUUAGAGCUAUGUAUCGUGAAACUAUUCCUGCCUGGAAUCGUUAUAACAACGAAGAAUUAGCAGAAUGGGAACAUAGGAUGGCUGAUAAUAUGUCUUUAUUGCCUCCCCAUCCUAAUAUUGUUGUAAUGUAUUAUGUAUUUGCUGAUAGAGUUCCAGCAUUACCCGGAUGGAAUGUAAUGUAUCCUGAUGCUCUACCAGCACGUAUUAAUCCUUAUGGAUCUGGCAGAAAUAUGAGUCUUUUUUUAUUGAUGAAAAGGUAUAACACUACUUUGAAAAAAUAUUUAUCCACUUACAACGUGAGUUUACGCGAAUCAAUAUUAUUACUGGCUCAGCUAUUGGAAGGAAUUGCUCAUAUAAAUGCUCACGGAAUUGCACACAGGGACCUGAAAAGUGAUAAUAUACUACUUGAUUUAUCAGAGGAAACAGAUAAUUGCCCUUCUUUGGUACUCACCGAUUUUGGCUGUUGUUUAGCCGACAAAAAUUAUGGCUUAUACAUGCCUUAUAAUACAGAAAACGUUGACAAAGGUGGUAACAUAGCAUUAAUGGCACCAGAAGUUAUAUCAGCAAAACCGGGGCCUUUCACAAGUAUAAAUUACACUAAAGCAGAUCUUUGGACUGCAGGCACUAUAGCUUAUGAAAUGUUUGGUGAAAAGAAUCCAUUCCUUGAAAGUUCUGAUAAACACGCUUUACUUAAAAAUUAUAAUUAUGAAGAACAGCAUCUUCCUUCAUUUUCAAAUGAUGUUCCAAAUAUUAUUGUUGCUUUAAUAAAUAAUAUGCUUUCCAAAAAUUUGUCCAAGAGACAUACCGUAGAAAUGGCAGCAACAAUAAUGCAAUUGUAUUUAUGGGCACCUAGUUCAUGGUUCAGAAACGAAAGCAAAGUACCUUCUAGUAAUGAAAUCAUGGAAUGGCUAUUAUGUUUGACAACCAAAGUUCUAUGCGAAGGUCACAAUGGCUCACCAUUAUUGAGAAGAACUUUAAAUGAUAAAAAUGAACAAAGUUCCUAUCGUCAAUUGUUAUCAACACGUUCAUGUGGAAGACGCACAAUGCCAGAAUAUCAAUUGAUUGCAAGUUUUCUUGGUAGAGUUACUCUUUCAAAUGUUAGAAAUGCUUUACGAUGGAUACAAAAAAAUAUCUAAUAGUUGUAUUUUUAUUUUUUGGUAAAAAAGUAAUAUAAAGUAAUGAUAUUGCUUAA